AAGGUCACUUGGCGGGAGACUUAAACCCUCGCGAGCUUGCUUACUGCUCGUUUCCGAGUUCCCCCUCUUCAUUACGGUGUACUGUAAGUCUAGUUAAACAUAUUUUAGGGUUUAGUAUUACACCCACGAAAAGCAGUGUUCACUAAAUGUAGGACAACUAGCAGGGCUUAACGAGUUUUUGUAGCUAAACAGGUCGUGAAAGGCAAUGAAUCAUACGAGGAACAUAAAAGAAAUGCUGAGCAUCCCAACUGGAAGCAGCAACAGAAAUGUAUCCACUAGCGGCUACUCCAGUAUCACAGACUCUCAGUUAUUCUUUGGGUCUCAGUUUUGGCCUGAAAAUUCUCAAGGCAUGUCUCAAGAUAUGAGUUUGUCAGCCAGGACAUCCCAACAAAGUUCACAAGAGGGAAGUGACCCAAAGUUUUCAAGCAGUUAUCACACUAAACCCUUCCUGUUUGGAGAAUUAAAGGACAAGAGCAAAGCCUUUGGAAUACUGGAUAAAUUCGAAGAGGACAGGAAAAAAGCAAAAGAAAAAACUGACAGUGACCUUUUAGCCAAAGAAUGUUUACAUUUUCGAGAGACUCUCAACAAUAUCCAACAACUGGUUGCUGGCACAGAGAAAAAUACUUCUGUAUGCCAAACCGUCCUUGCGAAUGUUGACAGUUUGGCAUCAACAUUGCACAGUAAUCUUAACAGUCUUCAGCGUGACAUUUUCAAGCAGUUUGAGACAUUUUUGAAUAAAGUGAACUCCCAGAAGGACAUGAUGACUGAACUGGAGGAGAGGGUUCAAAAGAGUCGGGACACCACAGCAGAGCUUGGUUCAAAUAUGCAAAGCUUAAAGAAUAGUCUGGAAUGUCUGAGAGAGGAGCAGGAGAGAGAACGAAACAUGCUUGAAGAGACUCUGAAGCUGCUCAACACCUUAGUCUCGAAGCACUCAGCCAAACCCACCCGUGAGAGAGUGACAGACACUGCCAUCCAGACAUCACCAGGGCUGGUACAGCCUUUCUCCAACAUCCUGCAGGAGAACAAGCUUGAAAGCACACAGCUUACAGGUAACUCAUACAACCUUGAGCACAAUUCAGCUAAAGUUCCCCCUCCGGGUCCCAGCUGUGUCGCGGGAAAGAGGAAAUUCACUCAGAGAAGCAAUAGAAGGCGUAAAAAGAGGCCACUGGUGCUCUCACAAAGGAAUAAGCACAUUGUCACGAAUGAAAACAGUCGACCCCUCAUGAACUGUGACAAACAACAAAAUGUUUCAACCCCUCUCUGUGAGCGCCGGGAUUUGCACACGGUAACCAGCCAAAACAGGGAGGCAAGAUCCAUAGCUGAAGGAUGUUUCAUCACCCCGCUCAGCUGCUGGUCUCAGGACAGCAACAGCUCGGUGUGCCUUGCAGGAAUCGAACCCAUCAUAGAGAAGCUCUCAACUGCGUCCAAAACAGGGACCCCAAUGAAACCCGAAGGGUUCUGGCAGUUGUUUGACAUGGAUCACGAUGCAGGCUUUUAGAAGGAUUAAAGUCCCAGAAGAACUCAGAAGAGUGGAGCAUCUGCACUUAUUUUUAGAGUAAAAUCUCAAAAUGAUAGUUAUAUUUAUUAUUACUAAUUAUAACAUAUGUUAGUUAUAAAGUCGUUCAGUUUUUUGAAAAAUGAACACAUUGAUAAAUGUUUUUUGUCUUGGUGGAAGAGCUGUGCAGGGGUGUAAAGAGAUACUAAUAACAGAUGAGUUUAGGAUAGACUGAUCUACAAAUACACAUAUUUAGUUUAUAAGUUUUUCUUCUGACAACAAAUAUUGUAACACUAAGUGUCUCUGCUGACUUUUAAAAAUUAAGUUAUUUUGCUGACUUAACAUGGAAAAUUAACAAAAAUAAUUGAGUUUUUGUGUUCAAAUAAACAACCAUGUUCCAUAAUAUCGCUAAGGUGCAUGUUUAUUGCAGAAAAAAAACAACAUGUUAUUAUACUUUAGCAAGCAUACCACAAAUAGAACAAACAAAUGAAUUAUUACAGUAUUAAAUAAUCAGAUGUAUAUGCACAGUCCAUUAUUAUGAAUAGAACUGCUACAAGUAGUUACUAGUUAGUUACUAAUUACAACAUAUCUUAUGGAUGCAGCUUCUCCAUUGUGACAAUUUGCCUUUGUUGUGUAUGGCAGUAAUUAAAAUAAGAUUUUUGCCCGUUCGGACAAAAAAACAAUCUGAAGAUACCACAGUGCCCUCUAAACUCUGAUGCAAUUUGUUCACUAUUUUUUUAACAUUUCGCACUAAACAAUUAACCACGGAAAUUAUUGGCUGAUUAAUCUGUAAUUUAAAUAAGUGUCAGUUGCAGCCCUAAUUAUAACUAUAGUGUAUGUUUAAUGUCAAAAGAAACAAUUUCUUUGUGUUGCUGAUAAUGCUAUGUGCCACACAGCUGCAGGUUUUAGUAUUUAGUAUUUAUUCAGUAUCUGCAGAUGUUGCACAAUAAGAUAAAAAAGACAAGCAUACGGUAUUUACAAUUGAUCUUUCUAUUCUCAUAACAUCUUACAUAGCAACAUGCAAAUCAUUAAGCGUAGAUACUCUUCUAUGCGGGCACUAAAAUCCUUUCUGCCUUUGC